UUGGUCGCGACGUGGCAGGUGGACCUGACAAGCGGGGCCGCAGACCCCGAGGGGCGCUCCCGGUCUGCCCCGCGCCGGCCCCAGCUCGGCGACGACGAAGGGGGCAGAGCUCUGCCGGCGCGCGCAGACACCCGGCGGACCGUAAAGACAGCACCGAGCGUCGAGCGCGCGGCCGACGAAUAUGUUCGCGGGCGGAAGGCGCUGCCUGAGACAGAGCCGCCGCGACCUACGAAGGUGGCGCUAGGAUCGGCCGCAGCGUCUGCUCCUGAGCGUCCGCAUGCACGGGGGCCGACGGCCCUUGAGCCAGAGACCAGGGCGUCGCUCGCCAAGGAGGUGGCUGCUGAGCUCGGCGGUCUGAUCAGCCUUGGCGGGCCCGCCGAGGCAGGCGCCAACGCCUCUCCUGCGCGCCAGGCUGGCGCCGCCGACCAGUCCUCCAUGGGCGCCGCCGCCGCCGCAGUCAGGGCCGCGUCAAAGCUCGCGCAGGACGUCGCCUCUCAGGUGCUUGACCAGGGAUUGCUGCCUGCGCGCGUGCUCACGGCGCAGUCCAUAAGGGCGCAAUGCCACAUCGCCGUGGGCGCAGCCGUCGCGUCGAAUGCCCAGUACCGAG